UAAUACAAGCUCCUGACUUUUACAUUCCGUGUUUCUCUUCUUCCUCCUUUUUCCUUGGGAAACUUCUAAGUGGACCGGUUCUUACAUCAUUUUAUAGCCCAAUUUGACAAAAAUAAAUAUAAUAAAUUACCAAUUUGUGUGGAAAACGCAUUCUUUGUCAAUAUUGAUUUUAUUUGUCUGAAAUAGGAAUGUUACAUGGCUCAUGUCAUUCAUGAGAAAGAAGAAUCACCUUUUUAUUAGUAUAUAUUUCUUUCUACCACCUUUUUAGCAUAUGGAAUAAGAAUUUUAUAGAUGGUGUAAUGUUUGCACAACAUUCCAUUCCACUAAUCCUUCAAAGUCUUUCCACACCCUUUUAGCACACAUUUCCACCGAAUUUCCAUACAUAUGAAAGAUUUUAAGAAUGUGUUGUCAAUUCCCAUAAGGGGUCGUUUGGAUGGGACAUUCUCAAAAUGAGGUAAUUUGGGACAAAAGUCUCAUUUUAGAAAAUGAGCUAAUUGUAUGAGUAAAUGUUUAUAUAAUUGUUUUGUUUGGUUUGUGUUUGGCAUGAGACAAUUGUGAUGAGGCAUUUUAUGAAAAUACAUAUUUGCUCUCAUUCUUUUACUCUUCUCUAUCUUGGGAAAGGAAGAAAGAAAAAAGAAAUGAAAUAAAAGGGGUCAUAUUGGGAAAAGUGACCCACAAAAUGGAGCAAUGUAGAUUACCUCCCUCUCACCCAAGUAAUUGACAUUCACCCAUAAUGAAGCAAUUUCAAUUGCCUCAUUCUUACUUUUUGCAUCCAAACGGGGUAAUUUGACCCAAUUGUCUCAUUUUAAGUCGAUUGGGGCACAUUGGCUCAUCACUUUGAUCCAUCCAAACGACCCCUAAAUUACUUUGUACGUUAAUUUCGACUUGAUUGAAUCAGAAAUACCAGUUACGCAACAAAUUAUAUAUCUUGCCAACAAAUAAAUGUUCUCUAUAGGCUCACUUUACGCACUUAUGCUGUUGAUUGGAUUGAUUUCGUUUUUAGUAUUGGACAAAUUGUAAUGUUUCUAGAACCUAUCAAUCUUUGACUAAUACAAAUUAGCACAUUCAUUCCUAUCACGAAAUAAUGAGUGAGAAGUUCAUGCGAGCCGGAGAAAGACUUAUUAAUUGAUGUGCAACUCAAUUUUCUUUGUGUAACUCGCCAUUACGAGUGACUCUAAAAAUGAUUAAAAACAAUGCCAUAGCAAUUAAUGCAGAAGAUCCCCAAUCCCGAAUCAUUUUUGCUUGACAAAGUCUCUUACUUCCAAGAUCUCAUAACUCAAAUUACCAUGGAAGGAUUAAGGGAGAAGUCCUAUCGUGUAAUUCACGAUCUUUUUCUUAAACACGGUUAAUUAAGACCAUUAAUAAUUACACUUAAUCAAUGAGGUCAACAACACCGAUGACCCAUAAACCCAAAAAGUCACACAUGUUUGGUGAAAAACUGAAAUCCCUGAAAUCUGAAUACGCGGAAAUACAAAGAAGUCACUUUUCCCGGCCGCCUAACAAGAAGAAUCAGCGCGCCCCAUCUCCACCCUUCAUUCUGCCCUUUCAAAACCUCCCCGCCACGCGUCAUCCAUCCAACGGCUCACCUUCCCCGCGCCAUAUCCCACCACCUCGCAGUAUAAAUUCCCCCACCUUGAACCCAAACAAGAACCUCAACAAACCAUUUCUCUCCAUCAAGAAAAAAACAGAGGAGAAACAGAGCAAAAGGAAAACAGAGCAUCCAUACAAAAAACAGGGGCGACCAAAAAAAAUUUCCCUCAGAGAACACAACAAUGGCGGUGUCGAGAUCAAAGACGUUAGCUUUCGCAGCAAUCGCGAUCGCCGCUCUUCUCCAUAGCUCCGUCGCUCAGAUUACCCACACCGUCGGAGGAAAUACCAGGUGGACCAUCCCUCAGGGCGGAGAUUCGGUCUACACCAACUGGGCUUCCGGCAAUUCCUUCUCCGUCGGAGAUAUUCUGGUUUUCAAUUUCGCCGCUGGAGCUCACGAUGUGACCCAAGUGAACAAGGCGGACUACGACUCCUGCUCGGCGUCCAAUCCGAUGAUGACUUCAACGAAUACUCCGGCGAGGAUCACAUUGAACACUUCCGGCGAGCAUUACUUCAUCUGUGGGGUUCCCGGCCACUGCAGCGCCGGCCAGAAGGUUACCGUCAAUGUUCUUGCAUCGACUACUGGGUCUUCUCCUUCUCCUUCUCCGGCUCCAAUGAUGAUGCCUCCAUCUCCUUCCCCUGCUCCCCGCCGGGCUCUCACUCCUGCUUCUGCUCCAUCCCCUGCUCCAACCACCGUCUCUGCCCCGACUCCAUCCACCUCCCCUGUCGCCGGCGAUGUCCCGUUGUCAGCGCCGUCUCCUUCUGCCAGGCCGCCGGUGACUUACACCGUCGGCGAUUCCUUCGGGUGGAACAUUCCCACGAGCGGCGCGAGUCAGUUCCAGAACUGGGCCGCCGGAAAAGACUUCAUGGUCGGCGACAUCCUUGUCUUCAACUACACAGCCGGCGCACACAACGUGGCGGAGGUGACAAGCGACGCCUACACGGCGUGCACCACCGCCAACCCGAUCUCUCUGGACAGCAACCCGCCGAGCAGAAUCACGCUGACCGCCGCCGGCGAGCAUUUCUACCUCUGCGCGAUUCCCGGGCACUGCUCCGCCGGCCAACAGCUUUCCAUCAACGUCUCCGGUGCAGGCAGCACCAGCCCAUCGCCGUCAGGGUCGACCACUCCCUCGUCACCGUCUCCUACCGCCGGUGACAUGGCCCCGCCGUCCCCGAACUCCGCCGCCACCGUUGGAGGCGUAUCGGCCGCCGCAUUUUUGUCCGUUGUCGCAGCUCUUUUGUUGUAAAUGGAGUGAUCGGUAGAGAAUAGUGGAAUAGAGAUGCCUUAUUACAGUCGGCGAUGUGAUACUUUUUGUUUCUUUCGCGUUUCUUUUUGAGAUCUGUAUUAGUGUGUUGGUUAUUGGUUUGUUAUAUAGAUUGAUUUCUCACAUACAUUGUAUUAAUAAAAGGAAUUUUUUUUAGCCCAAAGAUGUGAUCUAUACAAGUUUGGUCGAUUUAUUAUAACGUCGGAUUCUGAAGUUUAACAUCUUAAAUUUAGAAUUCGUAAUGUGUAACCUUCUUCCUCUCCUCUCCUUUCCCUCCAUUGAACCAGCCAUAAAAACAUUCCCUUGUCGGUGCUCAUCAACUAUACUUUUGCGUUCGACUCAAAACUGCAAAAAAAAUUGAGGUUAUGUUUUGAAACUAGAGUUCGCUUCUAUCUUAACAGUUAUUGUUAGGCUGCAUUGCACAAUAACUUAUUCUGUCGUUGAAGUGUCCUGCUCCAUCUGGAGCUCUUCAAGUUACCAAUGCUUGCUACAUAGCCUCACGAACUCUUUACUCCUUCCAAACAUUGUACUCCUAGAUGAACUAUUUGACUGAUCGAAGCAUCGUGCUCGUUUAUAAGUUCUUUUGAAGCGUUUCGAGUAGCUCAUACCAAACUCUUGAUCGAACGACUAAAGAUGAUAUAUUGAUCGAUCGGGACUAUGAUAUUUUUGUUUGGCUAUCCUUUGCUUAUCUUUCUUGAUUUGUAUUAGCGUGUUGUUCUAACUUCUAAGUUGUUAUAUAAAUUGAUUAUCCACACAUUAUAUUAAUAAAAAUAUUUUUUUGGAGCUCAAAUCAUCAAAGACCCACUUUCUCUAUCACCUCUUAAUUCUCACCCAUCCCUUCUUCUCAUAAGUCAUAACAUCUUUAAAAUUAAAUUGUAUGGGAUCCAUCACUUGCCCCAUUGUGGGGACCUAUCCAUGCAAACCCAUUGAUCGACAUGAUAAUGUAAAAAGUCCUACUUUCUAGUUGAAUCAUCAAUCUCAAAUCAUCCUCAAACAAACAUCAUCAAUUCGUAUUGUCUUUGCUUCGGUAAUCCAUUCGAAAUCACCAACAAGGCACUCAUUAGUCCUUCAAGUUACUGAUGAUCGGAUAAUUAAGAUCUCAAAUUUUAUAAUACUUUACUCCAUAUAAAAACAAGAAGUCUUCUAAAUCGUGAUAUAGACAAAUUAUGUGAUUUUAUAUUAGGUCAAUAAAACGUAUUUGAAUUUUGUACGCCUCAAAUCUCCUCUGGGUGAUCUUAAGUCUAUUAACUCAAAAAAUCUGAUCGAGCUAACCUUAAUGAACAUCCAUACUCUAGGGAAAGUAGACUUCCAUACUGACUUAAAGACUCAUGAAUCAUUUAUCUCGUUGGCUCACUAACUUAGUAUUCCUAUAGUAAAUUUUCUCAAUUUUUAGCCGACUUUGAUGUUAUUAUGAUGCUAGUUAAUAUUAUUACCAUGUUCACAACAAUAAUUCUUCCAAAAUUUAAACUAUUCUAGAAAUGUGAACAUAAAGAUUAUGGAGGAAAUAGUCUUCUUAGUGGUAAAUUAUUCACCGUCUUAUUGGUAAACAUGUGUGCAUAAUUGAUGACUAUUAAAGACCAAGUAAUUAUUAAAAAAGCUGACCCAUGACCCAUAGGCCAUAACCGAUCAACCCAAAAUGCUCCACUCACGCGGAAACACAAAAACGAACCGGUCACAUCAUCCGGCCGCCUCACGAGAAGAAUCAGCGCCCAUCUCCACCGUCCACUAAAAUAUCUAGCCACGC